AUGGGUGACGCCUCCUCGGAGUGCCGCAUCUGCCUCAGCGGCGCCGACGAGGACGAGCUCCUGUCGGGCAUCUGCGCCUGCCGCGGCACCCAGGGGCACGUCCACGCCCGCUGCCUCGCCGAGUGGCAGGCAUCCAGCGCCUCGGCGGGCAAGCUGUGGUCGCUGUGGCGGUGCUCGGUCUGCCACGCCGCCAUCGACCCCCGGGCGCGCCGCGCCACGCUGCGCCGGGCGCUGCCGCUGCUGCUGCGGGGCCUGGCCUCCGCGGACUGGUGGCCCGCCCUGGCCGGCGCCGUGCUGGCCGCGGCGGUGGCCGUGGUCCUGCACCACGGCCCCCCGCGGCCCCUGGAGAGCGCCACGCCGGUCUGGGGCGGGUCGGAGCCCAACGAGCGCGCGCCCCUCACCGCGGCGGGGGAGGCCAGCUGGCGGGGCACGUGGUGGGGCGCGUUCCACGAGCCCUCGGGGGGCCCCGUGACCGCCACGGGCGGCUCGCUGGUGCUGUGGAACUCCUCGCUGCUGGUCUUCGGCGGCUGGGACGAUCGUCAGGGGGCCCGCGGCGAGAUGAUGUGGGCGAGCCCCCCGCUGGAUCAGCUGCUGGAGCUCCAGGCGGUGGUCUGGGCCCCGGUGCCUCUGAGCCCCCGGAGAGGCCUGGAGGUGCAGAGCGCGGGCGUCGCGCCCCUGGAACUGACGGGCCACUCGGCCUCCUUCGUCCCCGCGGGCCCGGGCCGCCGGGCCCGCCACUUCCCGCGGGGCUACGUGCUGGUGUUCGGGGGGGUGGGGAUGGACGGGCCCUCGGGCCGCGUGCUGCUGUUCGACCUCGAGGCCGAGCGUUGGGCGCUCGACCCGGAGCUGGUGACGGGCGAGGCCCCCCCGGCGCGCUCGUGCCACUCGGCCACGGCCGUGGCGGGGCCUGAGAUCAUCUGGGUCGUCGGUGGCAGAGGCGACGGCAAGGACCUCGACGACGGCAUCUGGCCCUUCGACGCCGCCCGGCUGCGCUGGCUGCCCGUGCUGCCGCACCCGCUCGGCCUGGCCGCGGGCGGGGGGCACUCGGCCGUCGCGACGCGGGGGCACGUGCUCUUCUUCGGGGGCGGGGACGGGGGCGCCAACGACCUGCUGGCGCUCCGGGUAAAGACAGGUCCGUGCGCUGCCUGCAGCUGUUCAACCUCCGUGCUCUCAUGA